UAAUAAUAAUCCCAUCAAUCUAUUCUCUUUUCCGAAAGUUUCAUUCAAAAUGGAAUCUUAUGGUAGAUCCUACUCCUCCCAAUCCUACGCUCCCUCUGCACCCUCUCUGCCGGAUUCAUACGCCCAACCAUCUACCCAUUCCUAUAACGCCACCACUUCGCCACCGCCACCUCCAAGCUACUAUGGCCAACCGGAGCCUCAGCCGUCGUACCACCGCCAAGCACCGGGUUUUGGCUACCCACAGCCACAAGCGCCGAGUUAUGGCCAUUAUUCGUUCCCUCCUGGGACGCAUCCGCAUGUUAUAAGGAGUUUUGAGAUGGUGGAUAGAGAUCGGAGUGGUUUUAUUGAGGAUAAAGAGUUGCAGCAAGCUCUCUCUUAUGGCUACCAGGGGUUUUCUCUCAGAACUAUAAAGCUGCUCAUCUUUCUUUUCAAGGAUCCCCAUGAUUCUUAUUUGCGAAUCGGGCCCAAGGAAUUUGCUGCUUUGUGGAGUUGCCUUGGUGAAUGGCGAGGUAUAUUUGAGAGAUAUGAUAGAGAUAGAAGUGGUAAAAUCAAUUUGUUGGAAUUGAAGGAUGCUCUCUACAGUAUUGGAUAUGCAGUGCCACCUUCAGUCCUCCAAGUUUUGAUGUCCAAAUACGAGAAUGGAAAUGGUGGGAAGACUGAACUCAGUUUUGACAAUUUUGUUGAAUGUGGGAUGAUUGUAAAGGGUUUGACUGAAAAGUUCAAGGAGAAGGAUUCACGUUACACUGGUUCAGCAACAUUAACUUAUGACUCAUUCAUGUCUAUGGUCAUUCCCUUUAUUGUGCAAUAUGAUUGACUUUUCUGGUAGUUUAUGUUGUAUCACUUUGAUCCUUUCAGUGCUUGGGAACAGUUGUAUGAGUCGAAGGAGAAUUUGUGUAUUGAUAUGUGUUGAGUGUGCAGAAUACUUAAUGCAAGUUUGAGUUAGGUUUCUCUUUUAUGGGAAGCAAGUGUGAUAGCGAUUUCUUUGAUUUAUUAUGCCCCUUUUAGAGAGAAACUACAGAUGGAUAACCAAAUAGCAAUUAGAGAUGUUUUUGCUGAUGACAUUGCAGCCUUAACCAAAUGUCCAAUUGAUCCUGUUUUCCAUGUGUAAAUUUGAAACAAAAACAGAUGAUACCUGGUGUUUCCAGUGAUGGAUUUUUAGAGUAGCAAGAAGUACUUUUCGACUUUUA